AUGUGGAAGCCCCAGCUCUUUGUCCCUGUCAUGGCUACUCCAAAUGGAACUCUGGUCCACCCGGCAUACUUCCUGCUAGUGGGUAUCCCUGGCCUGGGGCCAAAUGUACAUUUUUGGCUGGCUUUCCCACUCUGCUUUAUGUAUGCCUUGGCCACGCUAGGCAACCUGGCCGUUGUUCUCAUCAUUCGUGUGGAACGGCGUCUGCAUGAGCCCAUGUAUCUCUUUCUGGCCAUGCUUUCCACCAUUGACCUAGUCCUCUCUUCUGUUACCAUGCCCAGGAUGGCCAGCCUUUUCUUGCUGGGCAUUCAGGAGAUUGAGUUCAAUGUCUGCCUGGCCCAAAUGUUUCUUAUCCAUGCUCUGUCAGCCAUGGAGUCAGCUGUCUUGCUGGCUAUGGCUUUUGACCGCUUUGUGGCCAUCUGCCACCCAUUGCGCCAUGCUUCUGUGCUCACAGGGCCUACUGUGGCCAAGAUUGGACUAGCUGCCCUGGCCAGGGGAUUUGUAUUCUUCUUCCCAUUACCCUUCAUCCUGAAGCGGCUGUCAUACUGCCGAACACACACUGUCACCCACUCGUUCUGUUUGCACCAAGAUAUCAUGAAACUGUCCUGUACUGACACCACAGUCAAUGUAGUUUAUGGACUCUUUAUCAUUCUCUCAGUCAUGGGUGUGGACUCCCUUUUCAUCGGCUUCUCCUACAUCCUCAUCCUACGGGCUGUAUUGGAGCUGUCCUCUCGUGGGGCAGCACUUAAAGCUUUCAACACCUGCAUCUCCCAUCUCUGUGCUGUCCUGGUCUUCUAUGUGCCCCUCAUUGGACUCUCAGUGGUGCACAGGCUGGGUGGUCCCACCUCCUUGCUCCAUGUGGUUAUGGCUAAUGUCUAUCUACUGCUCCCUCCUGUGGUUAACCCCAUUGUCUAUGGAGCCAAGACCAAGGAGAUUCGUCAAAGGGUUCUUCAUAUGUUCUCACAAGAUGACAGGUGA